AUGAUGCUGCGGGGCGGGAGCGGGACCGGGAGCACCGGCAGCCACGGGACAGGCGCCGCUUCCCCGCGGCCGCCCCGCGGACUCCAUUUCCCGUCAGCGCCCGCGCCUCGCUGUCGCGCAAAGCCGCCGGCGGCAGCCGCGGUGCCUGCCGGGAGUCGUAGUCCCAGCGUGCCCCGCGCGGAGCCCGCGCCGCCGCCCGCGCUGCCGGGGGUCUCUCAGCGCGGGGGCGGCGCCGGCGGCUGCUCCCGGGGGUCCCGGCGGAGGCGGCUCCGGCCGUGUGGGGCGAGGAGGAGGCGGCCGAGCUCCCCACGGCUGAGCGCCGGGCGGCGAGCAGGUGCAGGAUGGGGGCUCGUGGCCGGCGGGGCCCUGUGGGCGGUGGUGGAAGCGGCCAGCGCCGGCGCCUCAGUUCUCUGCCUGUGUGAGAAGGGAGAUGCCAAGGUCACGGAAGAGACAGGCAAGAUCUCCAAGAAGGAAAAGGAAAUGAAAACAGGUGCCGGGUCCUUGUUGCUGUUCCGAGGGUGGUGUUUCUCACAGAGCCUGCGGCAGCUGAUCUUCAGGAUGCUGCAGGAGAUCUGCAGCCUACUGGCAGUACCUCCUAGGCUACCUGCUGCUCGGGGGCUUCGUGGCCUUGGGUGUGUGCUCCAGGAACGGCCCAGUGGAGAACCAGCGCAGCAUCUGUCGCCUCUGCUGGGGCCUGCAGCUCCUGCUCACGGCUCAGGCAUCCAGCUCCAUUCUGUGUCCUUGCCUGUGCUGCUCACUGUCGCCUGCACCGAGAACAUCGAGCACGUGGCCUCUUGGGCUUCUGCUGCCCACAGGGCAGAACUCUCAGCGCCCUGGCUGGCUCCUGGUGCCCCUCUGGUUUUACAGAUGGGGAGAGGGGGGCACAGAAGGUGGGGGCUGUGUGGAAGCCGGGCGUGCUGGGCGGGAAGGGCAGAUACCGCUUGGUCCCGGCACUGAAACGCUCCUCCCCGUGUGCCAGGGCCUGGCAGGAGGCUGCCGGGCACGUGUGUGCAAUGACGCUGCUCUGGGACUUCCAGGUUUGCUGUGUUUCUGUGCACCAGCUGUCACCUCAGCCAUGGAGAGAUCACUGCUGGGAAGCUGGAGCACGGCCUGGGCAGCAGCUUCCUUGAGGAGCAGCUCUUGAAGAAGAACUCCUGCCCCUGGAGUGCCCCAACCAGCUGGCCCAGACCUCAGUCUCGCCACUGCUGGGCCUUUUGCUGUGUGUUUGUUUCCCCUCCAGGCUUCAUUCCCCUGCUGUGUCUGCCUUUUCCUCCCUGCUCUCUUUUCCGCCUGCUUCUGUGUUCUUCCAUCCCCUCUGUGGGUUCAAGACUGUUCCUGGUUUUAAUAAAGAUGUAUUUUGUAGCUAA